AUGAGUUCACCUCAAGAAGUCCUCCUGGGAAUUCUGGAGGAUUUGAGACAUGAAGACUUUGAAAAGUUCAAGUGGUAUUUGUGUCAAGAUGGAGUCCUUGAAGAGUUCAAACCAAUCCCAACGAGUAAACUGGAGACAUUGGACAGGAAAGGCACAGUGGAUCAGAUGCGCCAGGCCUUCAGCAAUCAGAUUCUUGACGUCACUAAAAUGGUUUUAGAGAGAAUGAAAAUGAUGGGUGUAUGGGAGAAACACUCCAAACACAUCUCAGAACCUGGAGAUGAACUGUCUCCUGCUCAGUGGUCAGCUCUGGUCUUCAUCUUACUGUCAUCAGAAGAAGAUCUGAAGGAGUUUGACCUGAAGAAAUACUCUGCUUCAGAGAGGGCUCUUCUGAAGCUGCUGCCAGUGGUCAAAGCCUCCAACAAAGCUCUGUUGAGCGGCUGUGGUCUGUCAGAGAGAAGCUGUGGAGCUCUGUCCUCACUUCUCAGCUCUCAGUCCUCCAGUCUGACACAUCUGGACCUGAGUAACAACAAGCUGAAGGAUUCAGGAGUGAAGGAGCUGUCAGCGGCAGUGGAGGAUCCACACUGCUCACUGGAGACUCUCAGGUUGAGCUGCUGUGGUCUGUCAGAGAGAAGCUGUGGAGCUCUGUCCUCAGUUCUCAGCUCUCAGUCCUCCAGUCUGACACAUCUGGACCUGAGUAACAACCAGCUGCAGGAUUCAGGAGUGAAGCGUCUGUCUCUUGGACUGGAGAGUCCUCACUGUAAACUGGAAGCUCUCAGUCUGUCAGGGUGUCUGGUCUCAGAGGAAGGCUGUGCUUCUCUGGUCUCAGCUGUGAGAUCCAAGUCCUCCCAUCUGAGAGAGCUGGACCUGAGCUACAACCAUCCAGGAGACUCAGGAGUGAAGGAGCUGUCAGCGGCAGUGGAGGAUCCACACUGCUCACUGGAGACUCUCAGGUUCUGA